CUAAAUGAUUAUUAAGCUCAUCCAUUUGCGCGUCGCUUAUUUGUAUAGCUAACGUUACUGUUUAUAUAGCCUGAAACGAAAGAUCUAUUGCAUUUCACUUUGUUUUUACACUUAGCUAAUUUACUUGCUUUUAUUUAUUAUAAACAAGAAAGUUCAUGCGUGUAUUGCGUAAAUGCAUUGUAAUGAUUGGCACACUGCUGUCUCUGGCUGGUUCCCUAGAGUUUAACCACAUAAUCCUAUUGAUUUCUCUCCAUGUCAUCUUCCAGUGGUCUGCUGCUCUCAGAUCAAGUGUAAAGCCGACCUGCUGUCAGUUUUGAUUCAUUAUGGUCCGUCUGACGGUGCAUCUGAUCGCUAAAUUAAGCAAUCACUCAAAAACCAGCAGAAGUGAAUCUCUCCAGCAAUAUCUCAAGAAGCUCACUCACCUCAACUUCUCAGACAAAAAUAUUGAGGACAUUGAUGAUCUGUCGAUAUGCAGAAACCUCACUGUCCUCUACCUAUAUGAUAACCACAUAUCACAGAUCUGCAAUUUGGGAUUUGCCUCAAAUCUUACACACUUGUACAUGCAGAACAACAAUAUCUCUCACAUAGAGAACCUCUCAUCUCUAAAGAAACUUUCCAAACUGUUCUUGGGAGGAAACAGCAUCACUGUGGUUGAGGGAUUAGAGGAGUUGAAAAGCCUGAAAGAGCUGCAUGUGGAAGGCCAAAGGCUACCCCAUGGAGAAAAGCUGGUCUUUGAUCCUCGUUCCAUCUCUAGCAUUUCGGAAUCUCUCUGCAUUUUAAAUAUCAGCAAAAACAACAUUGAUGAAAUAUGGGACUUGGCCCCUCUCAUUAAAAUGACCCAUCUUUUUGCUGCCCAUAACCAGCUACAGGAUCUACAGGAGUUAGAGACAGUGUUCAGCCAAUGGUCUCAACUACGGUUACUAGAUCUGAGUGGAAAUCCAGCAUGUCAUAAACCUAAAUACAGGGACAGACUAAUAACUGCCUGCAAAAUUUUAGAGGACCUUGAUGGAAGACAAAUAAAUGAAAUGUCUAGACAGUUUUUAAUCAACUGGAAAGCCUCAAAAAAACCUAAGAAGAAAUUAGGCGAUCCACAAAUCAGCAAUCCACUCGCAACCGAUUUUCACACGGGCCCCCAACAUCCCCAUGUACACACCAGCUCUCUGAGUAAGCCGUCAGAAUCUGGGAGGCCUGGUGUUACAUUUUGGACAGACUAAUUUUGGACACAACACACAAGGAAGGUCAUAAGUCUGAAUAUUUCAGUGAGGAUUGGUACACUCUCAAAAUGUCAGAUCAAUAGUGACCAACUCACAGUCUUUUUAGUGAUAUCAAAAGUUUGUUGUGCACAUUUGGUUCUGUUGAAUAUUUAACCUAAUCACACAAAUACACUUGUCUUCACACUUGUCUCAUCAUCUGUGUUUUCAUAAAUUUACAUAAAUACUUUUAAAAAGGUGAGCAUUCAGCUUUGCCCCCUGUCACAUUGUCAUUUAUAAGAAAUUUGACGUUUUUACAUUUGCAAUCUCUUGACAGUCCUGCAUGCACUGCCUGAUUUAUAUAUUUGUGUUUGUUAUCAUUUACUCUGGUAUUUGCUGGUAUUUAAAAAAUAUUCAACAAUUUUCAAUUUAAAUUGAAACCAUGCAGUAUGUACUAUAAAUGCACAAUGAACGUUUUAUUUUAUUUUUUUUCAAAUUCAAAGACAAUAUAGCCUACCUGUAUUAUUAAAUGUGUGCUUUAUUUUUUUCAUUCAGAGAGUGAAAAUAAAAUAAAUCUAAUCAGGAGAAGACCCUGAAAAAUCUGACAUUGCAGUGCUACAUAUUGUCUCUCUAACAAAACACAUUUAUUUAAUUUUAUUUAUUUUACAUUUUAUUUUAUUUAAGUAGACAGUAUGUUACAUAUAUUACAUUUUUUCAAAAACACCAUUUUGUUGGUGUUAGGGAUACAUGUUGUCCAAAAGAAUAUUACUGAAUGAGAUUAAAAUAAAUUAUUCAGAACAAAUUGAAGAAUUGAAUCGGCAUGUUUUAAAUAAUAGCCUAUAUAAAUUCAGACACUUAACUAUGAGAUUAACCAGUCUAUAACAUUAUACAACGAACUAACAAUAAAUCGGAUUUUCUGUAUUAUUUUUUUAUUUUUUAAACGUACAAUUUUAGAUAUGGUAUAAGGCGCCGAGUAAGUUGAUCUGCGUGAAUGAAAUUUGCGCAUAUUUGGCCGGGUUUAAUAACUACACCAGGGUAUAACCUCUGAAAGAUGUAGAGUAAUUAGGCCGAGAAGCUUACUUAACCUCAUUUGCUCUGCUUCAU